GGCGGCCACCGCCAGGGGACGCUGUAGCACUCGCCGCUCCCGCUUCCUUGCGCCCCUCCCGCCGCUGCACUCCUGUCCAAGAUGGCGGCCGCGGCGCUGCUUCGAUGCGCGGCUCCGGGGCGCGGAGGCCCGGCCGGGAGCUGGCGACUGCGCGUAGCGCCAAGGCGCCGCCUGACCCAGGGUUCCUGCAGUCGCAGCGGCGACCCUACGGCCGGAGCGGCCUGGUCCUGCUUCCGGCUGGACGAGCGCGCGCUGCUGCGCGUGCGCGGCCCCGACGCGGCGCCGUUCCUGCUAGGGUUGCUGACCAAUGAACUGCCGCUUCCGGGUCCCGCCGCCGGAGAUGCCCCGCCCCCUCCGCGUGCGGGCUACGCUCACUUCCUGAACGUGCAGGGCCGGACGCUCUAUGACGUCAUUGUGUACGGAUCUCCCCAUUGCUGGCACAUUCGCAGUUGACUCGGUCAUCUGUGCUGACAACAUCACGACUGUCGGUGAUGUUCAUGCUGGACUUCCUGAGCUACGUCGGGUGAAUUUUUGGACUCACUGUGUCUCUGCAAAUGGCUUUACCUGAUAUCCUGGCUGACUGGAAAAAUCUUAGCUUAGAAAUUGUCACUGAGAAUGUUCACAUGACAACGUUGUUUUCUUGCUGCCAGCUUUUCUGAGAGGUCUAGUGCCGUUCUUAUUUCCAGUCCUUUGUACAUGAACUGUGUUUUUCUCUGGAAGCUUUUAGAAGCUUUUCUUUAACUGUGAUGUCAUGAAAUGUGUCUGAGUUUGGGCGUUUUCCAUAUCACAUUGCUGGGCACUUACUGGGCUCUUUAAAUCUAGAACCACAGUCUGUGAAAUAGCGUCCUCAGGUCAGACCCAGCCCAUUGCCUGUAUUUAUAAUAAAAUUCUCUGGGACCCUGACCCGUUG